AUGGCACAAAUCACCACCGCGCAGCCCUACGCCUGGCCGCACGACAGCUCCCUCUCCCCACUCACCACCGCCCUCGUCAUAAUCGAUAUGCAAAAAGACUUCUGCACCCCCGGCGGCUACCUCUCCUCCCAAGGCUACUCGCUCGCCCCCACCACCACCAUCAUCCCCAAGAUCGCCGCCCUACUUGGCCUCGCCCGCGACUACUCCUACCACAUCUUCCACACGCGCGAAGGUCAUCGCCCGGACCUCUCUGACCUCCCCGCGCGCGAGCUCGCCCGCAGCCGCAACAACCCCAGCCAGCUCGGCAUCGGCGACAUCGGCCCCAUGGGGCGCCUGCUCAUCCGCGGCGAGGAGGGCCACGCCAUCAUCGACGAGCUUCAGCCGCGCUUUGGGGAGCCAGUGGUGGAUAAGCCGGGAAAGAGCGCGUUCACGUAUACAGACUUUGAGCUGCUACUGAAGGUGGCCGGCGUGCGGAACUUGGUGAUCGUCGGGGUGACGACGGAUGUGUGUGUGCAUUCGACGAUGAGGGAGGCGGCGGACCGCGGCUUUGAGUGUGUGUUGGUUGAGGAUGCGUGUGGUGCGAGUGUGCCGGAGUUGCAUCAGGCGGCGGUGGAGAUGGUUAGGACGGAGGGCGGCAUUUUUGGGGCGACGGCGAGGUUCGAGGAGGUGUGGAGCGCGAUGGCGGUUGGGGCGCGCAAGCAGCGGGGAGGAAAAGCAGCUGGUGCGCCGGGCGGUGUUUGGCGGAGUUGGGUCUAG